GUAUAGUGGUUCGGGGAUUGGCGAUUGACCUGAUCAUCGGCCUCCUAGUGUUAUUGACGACGGGCAGAACAACUUCAUCAAGAUGGCCCCUACAAACGUCAAGGCCAAGGCCGCCAAAAAGGCCGCUCUUCAGGGCGUGCACUCGCAUUCAGCACGGAAGCAGCGAUACUCUGUAACCUUCCAUCGUCCCAAGACACUCCGCCUGCGCAGGAACCCCAAAUACCCCCGCAAAUCCAUUCCCCAUGCACCACGAAUGGACCAGUUCCGUACCAUCGUCUCUCCACUGAACACGGAGUCGGCGAUGAAGAAGAUUGAGGAGCACAACACGCUCGUCUUUAUUGUUGACAUAAAGUCGAAUAAGCGACAAAUCAAGGACGCUGUGAAGAAACUUUACGACGUUCAGGCUGCCAAAAUCAACACCCUGAUUCGACCUGAUGGAAAGAAGAAGGCAUACGUUAGGCUUACAUCCGACCAUGACGCUUUGGAUGUUGCAAACAAGAUCGGAUUCAUCUAAGUCUGUUGCAUUUUCUACCAUUCCGUCGUAUGCCUAUAUUGUAAUGCAUGAUGAAUCUACGUUCCUACCCCUAGUUGUGAUGAUAUUUGAGGUCGCAUAGUUACAAAAUCUGUGAAGUUUCCAGUGCUAGAGCUGACUAGCGCUGACUGCCGUGCCCUAAAAACGGUUCUGUAACCGAGAUCAUUUGUUGGUGU